CAUGUAAUUGUGUAGUCGCGUUUACCCGCUGCAACAGUGUGGCGAUCUGUCACGCUGGGAUUCUCAACAAGGCAGGUUGAGGGGCUCCAGGGUACUUGUUUGAUGCAGAGGAAAGUGGCUUUUCACUUUCCUCAUGUCUUUGUAAAGUCCAUUUUGGGACCUGGAGCCUGGAGAUAUCAAAGUGAUUUGGGAGGGAUGAAAUCUCCAUUCCUGGGACCGGGUUUUGGGACUGGCCAGGAGACUGAUUGGUCAAGUGUGCAUGGC